CCAAGCUCCUUCCGCUCGCGCCUCAGUGUGCCUCGUGAGAGGGGAGACAGUUACCACACGGUUACCACACAGCCGCGGCACAGACUAGGCCUCAGGUCUCCGGCCUCAGGUCUCCGGCCUCAGAGCCAGACCCCGCCACCUCACGAUAUCCGACCAGAUUGAGGAACAAGGAGUAGAGGUUUGCCACUCUCAGGUGACUAAGCAGUAUCACAAAAAUGAUGUCUAGCAACACCAGUGAAGCUGAUGUGAUAAAAACAAGAAUAUCUACUUAUGAUGAUGACAACACUGUUGUUCUUCAUGCAUAUGAAACAAAACAUAAAUUUGCAAAUGAAACAAAAACUGAGCAGGAACCGAUUACUGUAGCUGAUGCAUCCUGUAAUACUGAAGAGCAACCGAAGUCAGUGUAUGAUGUCCUUACCUAUUGCCAGGUUAUAUAUGAUGCUAUCCAAAACCUGGAUAAGAAGAUUGAUGGCAUUAGCAGAAAGGUUUCAAAAAUCCAACGUUUCAAUGCAAAAGCAGGGUCGACGAAUCGCAAGCCAUCUGGCUUUGGAUAUGGAUAUGCAUACAGAAAUUAUUCUUGCCUGCUCGCUAAAAAGCUUAAACUCCAGAAAAUGAAGAAAAGUCAGGCUUACGAGACAUUCUCCUACCCUCAAAGUUAUAGUCCCACUUCACCGGUGGCAGUGCGGGCGGAUAAUUCCCAGAGCAACAAUCCAGCACCAUCCUUUCACAUGGAAGAAUACCAGCGAGCUGAGCCGGAGGAGGACCCAGUCCUCAGCUGCACUCCGAGUCCAGUGCAUCCCUCAGACCACUCUGAGCAUGGUUUUCAACCGUCUUAUGCAUCUGAUGGUGCAAUGCCUGGCUCUUCACGGCCCUACCGUGGCAGCGCUAGGGUUAACAGCAGCCAAGUUACAAGCGUACCAGUGGACAAUGACAUGUAUUUAGAGGACAACUUCAUUAAGCACCCUGCAACAUGGUCGGUGGAAGCAGUGGUCCUAUUUCUGAAGCAAACGGAUCCUAAGACAUUAUCCCCUCUUGUCGAUCUCUUCAGAAUCCAUGAAAUUGAUGGGAAGGCUCUGCUCCUACUCACGAGCGACGUGAUGCUGAAGUACUUGGGUCUGAAUCUGGGAACGGUCAUGAAGCUAUGCUACUACAUUGAACGACUUAAACAAGGAAAAUGCUUUCAAAAUUAAAAAAAAAAAUCCUUGUACAAAUUUAGAUUGGGCCUACUUCCAGAGAUACCAAUGCCUUCUUAGUGUAGAAUCAUUUUUCUGCCCUUUAGUCAUUUUUGUUUUUUAGAAAGUAUCUCUCAAAAUAUAGCCAGAGUUGUAGAACUAUGUUAUAGUCCAGUCUACUACUUUCAAAACCAUUUAACUGCUAGAUGGUAUUAGAAUAGUCCAAUAGGAAAUUCAUUCUUUAUAGGUCUUAAAAAUUACUCUUAUUAUAUUGUUUACAAAUAUUUCAUGCAAGAAA